AGAAAGAAAAAAGACGUAGGGAAGGACAGUAAAAGCAAAGAAGAAAAUUAUUUUUAUUUAGGAGAACAUCAAGAAUUUAUAUAUUUCUUUUUUUUAUAAAACUGCAACAGAUUUACAAAUUGUUAAACAAAAAUCCAUAACAAUAUAAAGAAUUUAUAGGAAAAAUGAACAAAUUGAAAUCUACACAAAGGGAUAAAGUGAAAAAAUUCAUCUCCUUAACCCAAACGGGCGAACAGACCGCUAUCUAUUGCCUGCAGCAGAAUGAUUGGAAACUAGAUUUGGCCAGUGAUAACUAUUUUCAAAAUCCUGAAUACUAUUAUCGCGAGCUAGAUCGCAAACGUAUUGAACAGUUAUUCUUGCGCUAUCGUGAUCCCACAGAUACUCAGAAAAUCACCUCCGAAGGUGUAAUACGUUUUCUAGAUGAUCUAGAACUAAGUCCCGAUUCGAAACUUGUCCUAAUCAUAGCCUGGAAGUUUCAUGCUGAGGUACAAUGUGAAUUUACCCGCGAGGAAUUUGUCAAUGGCAUGAGUGAGUUGGGUAUUGAUUCAAUAGAUAAGCUGAAGGUUAAGUUGCCGCUGCUGGAAAUGGAACUUAAUGAUUUGGCCAAAUUUAAAGAUUUCUAUCAGUUUACUUUCAACUAUGCCAAGGACCCAGGUCAAAAGGGUAUUGAUUUGGAUAUGGCUAUUGCCUAUUGGACCAUUGUGUUAAGUGGACGUUUUAAGUUUUUGGAUUUGUGGUGCAAGUUUUUGAAGGAAAAACAUAAACGUUCUAUACCCAAAGAUACAUGGAAUUUAUUGCUGGAUUUUGCCAUUCAUAUUGAUGACAAUAUGAGUAAUUAUGACUCCGAAGGAGCCUGGCCAGUGCUAAUCGAUGAUUUUGUCGAAUGGUGCCAAGAAAAUCGCCAACUAUUACAGAAUUACCUGCAAGCAAACUCAUCGCUAACACCUCAGCAGUUACAACAGCAGUCAGCAGCAGCAGCUGCCGCCGCAGCUAGCCAACAACAAAAGAACAUAUCGAAUAGUUUUCAAUCAUCAGCGCACAGUACAAAUAUGAACUAUGGCUAACGUUUGUUUUACUAGCAUGUUUUAAAUUAACAAAUAAACAAAAAUAAAA